AUGUUUCGAUACGGUUCGCUUAUGGCCUUGUGCCUGCUCUGCGUUCUUAGCCAGACGCAGGCGUUGAAAAUUUUUGGCAGAGCUGCCAUAAUCAAAGAUCAGGUCGAUCAGAUUGAUCAUCUGGAUCAGUCAGAUCAGUUGGAUUCAAUGGAAGACGAUGAUCCUGAGCCAGAGGGACGGAUCUGGCAACUUGCAGCCGCACCUCCACCAGCACCAGCGCCUGCACCACCAGCGCCACCGCCAUCUCCACAUUUCUAUCAACCCAACUAUUUUGACGCUCUGAAACCAAUAAUUAUAACUCAACAACCGGCACCACAACAACCUCAGCCGAUUUUCUACCCACCGUCGCCACCACCACCACCACCACCACCACCACCACAGCAUCAGCCAUAUUACCCGCCAUAUUUCCCCUAUUUUUUCCAACCCCAGCAGCAGCAGCCUCAAAUUAUUUUAGCCGCCCUUCACAAUCAAUCUCCACGUGGCUCAUAUGGCCUAACUAAGGGAAUCUCUCAGGCACAGCCACAAUCAUAUUACAUGAUGCCACGUCCAGUGCUCGCCUACGAUUCCGAUGAAGACUAUGUGCCCCCAGUUAACCACAAGCGUCGGUCCAAGCCUAAGAAAUCCACAUAUGUUGUCCAGAAGCGUCCCAAGAAGUCAAAGACCAAGUCCACCUUAGCCCAACAGGAUGAUGAGCUUGUCUAUUUGGCUGUUCAGCCGGUAACAACUGUACCCAAAGUUGAAAAUAUCAAGCCAAUGGAGGAAAUAAUCUCCAAAACUAUGUAA